CUCUAAAUUCUUCGUCUUUAGAGAGGGAUAACUCGAUUCCAUCAAGGCCUCUUCGCCGAUGAAAAUUUUCUGAGAAAAUCCUACUCCAAUUUUCCGUCAAUCCAAACGGAUAAGCCCUCCCAAAUGUCACUUGCGGUGUUCCAAACGGCUCAAAUCAUGCCCAUGAACUCUCACGCCGCCACAAAGGCCUUGCCGCCGAAUCCCUCGUUGCCGACCCCGAAACACGGUUCUCUCCAGCUAGUUAUAAAGCCCGCCGGCUUCAAGCUUAGGCGACGAUUUUUGGUGGUCAAAGCCUCGGCUACCUCUGAGGUGGAGAAUGGUUCGGCGGCUUUAUUGGAACGUUGCUUUAGCUUGCCAGAUGCUCCCGGUACUUCCGAUUCUUCGCUGCCUUCAUCCUCUUCAAUGAAUUUGGGUCCCGUAAUGAAGGGAAAAUACAGUUCGCUUGGUGCCGUGACAUUAGAAAAAUCCAAACUCGAUUUGUCGCAGAAGCAAACCAAGUCUAGUCCUCAGCUUGAUGUUGGGGGAGGAGGAGGAGAUAUUGGAAAGAAAAUCAAUCAUGGUGGUGGUGAUGGAGGUGACGAUGGUGGUGAUGAUGAUGAUUACUUUGAUGACUUUGAUGAGGGUGAUGAUGGAGAUGAGGGUGGCUUGUUUAGGAGACGUAUACUCCUUGAAGAGUUAUUUGACCGUAAAUUUGUGGAUGCGGUGUUAAAUGAGUGGCAAAAAACAAUGAUGGAUUUGCCUGCUGGGUUACGCCAAGCUUAUGAAAUGGGUUUGGUUAGCUCAGCUCAGAUGGUAAAAUUCCUAGCAAUUAAUGCCAGGCCAACUGUUAGCAGGUUUAUUUCCCGAGGGCUACCACAAGGAAUGUCAAGGGCUUUUAUUGGCAGGUGAGUUUAUUUUUGA